AGACCAAAAAAAUACAAUGGAAAAACAAAAAGUAGAUAACGCUAUUAUCUUCAUUCAGCUGACGAAGCCAUACAUACACUUUAUUUCUUCUUUUUUUACAAAAAGAAAGGAAAAAAAUUUCUCAGUGAACAGAACACUUUUGCAGUGCUCUUUGCUUGAGAAUUGGGCAGUGGUUGAAAAGAAUUUAAUGGGAGAUUUACACAACAAUGGAGGAUUUGCUGAAAACCAGUUAUCUGUCCAUCAUGGUAGUCUUCUGGAUUUUCUCUUAUUUUCCUCACCAAUGGAUGAUAUUUUCACAUGUAUUCUAUCUUGGACAUCUUAUUUACGUCGCCGAUUCAUCGAUUUUGUAGAGAAUCUUGUCGUCCAAGAUGUUUACAGAAGCAAAGGUUCUGUUUCUGUGUCUUCGACAUCUUACACGGAAUAUUUUGACUCCGGAACUUGCCAAACUUCGUUGGGCCAGGGGGAAGAAUUUCUCGCAAAUACAGACUCCGGAAUCGUAAAUACCAAUCGCUCUAUGCAACUAAGACAAGCGGUUCCUUUCAUCUUUCAAGGGUUGGCAUUCCCGUUUUUAGCUUUGCGGGUUGCUUGGAGUUCGAUCUUGGUGCCGUGGAGGUUCGCUUUCUGCUAUGUGAAACGCACUCAAGCACAAGUCUAUAGCAUUAUAUCACGGAUGGAGAGAACAUUACGCGGUUCAUCCGAUGAUAUUGGAUGGUUACAACGCACCCCUGGAAUGGCUCCUGUUGAGGACGGUACAGCAAGAUUCCUUGAACUGCUAGAAGCUAUAAGGAACGGAGAACACACGUUGCCAAAUUCAUUUGUAUAUCUAUUUGUUCCAGGCCUUUUUAGCAAUCAUGGUCCCUUAUAUUUUGUUGCCACUAAGAAAUUCUUUUCGAAAAUGGGUCUCACAUGCCAUAUAGCGAAAAUCCACAGCGAGGCAUCGGUGGAACAUAACGCGUGGGAGUUGAAGCAAUACAUUGAGGAACUUUAUUGGGGGUCGGGUAAACGUGUAAUGCUGCUCGGUCAUAGCAAAGGUGGAGUUGAUUCGGCCGCGGCGUUAUCAAUUUAUUGGUCCGAGCUAGAGCAUAAAGUUGCUGGGUUGGCGCUGGUCCAGAGUCCGUAUGGUGGUAGCCCUAUAGCUUCUGAUACUCUUCGUGAAGGCCAAAUAGCUGAUAAAGAAACUCGAAGGAUCUUCGAGCUUUUGAUAUGCAAGACGAUUAAGGGUGACAUGCGAGCAUUGGAAGAUCUUACUUACGAAAAGAGAAAAGAGUUCAUCAUGAAGCAUAAGUUACCCGAGGGAGUCCCUCUUAUCUCGUUUAGCUCGGAAGCAAAAGUGGCUCCCGGUGUACUAGCUACCAUGACACAAAUAGCUCAUGCUGAGCUUCCCCGGCUUCCCUUUCUAAAGUUCAGGAAUUCGGAGUUCGACGAUGUCAGUCAACUUGGACACCAAGUGCCUAUCGUAAUUCCGGUUUCCGCUGCCAUGGCCUUAUGUGCUCUUCACUUGCUGCUUAGAUACGGGGAGAAGAGUGAUGGACUCGUGACGUGCCGUGAUGCCGAAGUUCCGGGUUCGGUCAUAGUGAGACCCGAGCAGAAGCUCGACCACGCUUGGAUGGUGUACUCGUCGAAGAAGAAAAAUCCAAACGAGCCAGACGCUACGGAAAUGUGUGAGGCUAUUUUGACCUUACUAGUAGAGCUUGGGAAAAGGAAGCAAGAAGAAAUAGAGAAGUCUUAAAAAGUAAUUUCAUUACAAACUUGGUUAAAUUUGUUGGGAUUUAAUUAACUUAAUGAACAUAUUUGAAUCCUCAAAUUGCAAAAUUUUAUUUAAUUUUCGUAUUUUAAUUUGACAUAA